AUGGACGGAGAGCAAUGGCUACUGCCACAUCACCCUAUAAUCAAUUCGCACAGACCACUGCCAAGAGUUGUUUUCGAUUCCGCUGCCAAACACGACGGUGUUUGUCUCAACGACUGCCUUGAGAAGGGGCCAAGUCUUCACAAUGAUCUUCCGAGCAUUUUGUUACGAUUUGGUGAAAAGCUCUUCGCACUUGUGGGAGACAUGUCAGAUAUGUUUUGCCAUGUUCUCGUCAAGGAGGAGGACCGCAAGUAUCACCGUUACUUGUGGCGUGACAUGGAUUCAACAAGACCGCCAGACGUUUAUGAAAUGAAUUGGUUGGUACUUGGUGACAAGUCCUCACCCUGUGAAGCGAAUUUCGCAGUUAUCCGUACGACGGAAGACAACCAGAAUCAAUGGCCAGAAGCUGCAGCCGCAGUCAGGCGAGAUAUCUUCGUGGACGACUUCUACAGUUCCCGCAAUGAUGUGCCGCAGGCAGUUUCCUUGAGAGCUGAUGUCUCAUCGCUGAUGGCUAAGGGUGGUUUUCCUAUGCGAAAGUGGGUAUCCUCUUCACCGGAAGUGCUGGCAACGAUACCAGAAACCGAACGGACUAUCUCGAAUAAAAACUUACAGCAGGGUACUCACCUUGGUCGAGCAUUGGGAGUUUGGUUGGAUGCACAAUCAGACACUCUAGGACUCACUUAUCCACAUGUUGAAAGUCCAUCCACCCAGUCGACAAAACGCUGUAUUCUAGCCAAAUUAGCUGGCCUAUAUGAUCCACGGGGAUGGUCGAGUCCAUUUACGGUACGUGCACAAAUCACCCUGAAACGCACAUGGUCUAAAGGACUAGAUUGGAAUGAACCCUUACCAGCCGACAUCGCAUCUGAAUGGGUUAAGUGGGAAUCCGAGGUGGCAGUACUACGGUAUAUUUACAGUCUGUCAUCAGAAACAUUGACGAGAGAGCUUGUGGUUUUCUGUGACGCUUCAGAAGAUGCCUGCGCAGCUGUCGCCUAUACGCGUGCAGUACUUGUGGACGGUGAAGUCAUAUGUCACCUAGUCAUGGCGAAGACACACCUCAUGUCAUUGAAAACAAUCUCCAUUCCCAGAGGAGAGCUGAUGGGUUGUCAGCUAGCUGUGCGUACGUCUCGUAAAAACCAUCUGCGAAGGGCUGGGUAUGCUUCAUGUUAUAUACUUAUCCGAUUCAACCACGGCGAUAUGGUGGAUCCACGGAGAGCCGUGAAAUCUCCAACCAUUUGUUACGAACCGAGUAGCCGAAGUGAUUUCGGAGAGUGAUCCCGGACGAUAGCAUCACGUAAGAACGGAUAUGAUUUGAAUGUUGCUAACAUUGCAACGAGGGGAGUUGCCGCUAACGACCGCAAGCCAGAAUCACGAUGGAUAAACGGCCAAGAUAUUCUAAAGUCCGAUAAGUCAGCGUUGCCCAUCGACGACAAUUCUGGCCCACCUUCUCCAACCGCCCAGUGGGUCGAGAUUAAAAAGAAAGUGUUAGGAGCAAAGGUGGUUGUGCCAAAGCUUCUUGACCCAGCCGGCUAUUCCAACUGGCUCAAGCUUGUUCGCGUUACAGCAUGGAUCCUGCAGUUCUGUCAUGGCCUGCGUAAGAAAGAUCAGCGGAACGCGGAAGUUCUAAGUGUCGAAGAAUUGGAGGAAGGUGACCUGUAUUGGAUCAAGUCUGCACAACAAGAUCGUUUUUGA